AUGAUUGAAAAUAACGCCUUGUUGACCAAGGUCAACCACCAUGGCAAACAGCUAUACUAUAAGAAACAUGGCAACCCAUCCGGUCCUCCGAUCGUUUUUGUUCACGGCCUUGGAGGAAGGUCAGAAUACUACGACCCCCUGAUUUCCUCCCUCGCACUGUCAGGGAACUACUCAAUUCACCAAUUCGAUCUCGAAGGCCAUGGACAAUCACCUCUAUCCGCACUGCCAGCGUUGACUAUCUCCUCUCUUGCAGACGAUGUCAAGAGUAUAUUCUCAUUGGCUGGCAUAUCAAGCGCCUCACCCGCAAUAUUAGUUGGGUGGUCAAUGGGCAGCAUAAUAGCCACAUUAUUCACCAUAAACAACCCAGGACUGGUCCGUAAACUAAUCCUCCUCGGCCCUCCUCCAUGUCCUCUCCCUACGGCAGGGCAGAACGCAACUCUCGCUCGAGCUGCGGUAGUAAGAGGCAGAGGAAUGUCCGCGGUUGCAGACACAGUUGCUACGGCUGCCACAUCAUCGCUCACCAAAAGCAAAAAACCAGCCGUCUAUACAGCAGCACGGUCUACGCUGUUAAGCCAGGACCCAGAAGGCUACGCAAGGGCCUGCAUUGCACUGGCCAACGAAUCUAAGCCUCUAGGCCUUGAGAAGCUCACCUGCGAGACAUUGAUCAUCACCGGUGACGAGGAUAGAGUCAGCCCACCAGCUAUUUGCAGUGAUAUUGCCUCAUCAAUACCUAACUGUAGACCUCCGGUAAUACUGAAGGAUGUGGGCCACUGGCAUGUUUUCGAGGACAUAGAUGGGGUGUCGAGAUCAAUUCGGGCCUUUCUUUAA